AACCGGUUCGAGCAUGACUCUUCCACAAGACCAAAUCGAUAAAAAUAUCCUAUCGACUUUUGGUUUUGAACUGAACCAAUCUUAGACGCAGAAAAGAUGAGUUUGGCACUAAUCCAAGGUUACUCGUCCGCUGAAGAAGAAGAACCACCAGCUGAGGGUUACCAGUUCUCCUCUGACGAUGAGGACGGUGACGGAUACGAUAAUUCCUCCGCCAACGGUGGUCGCCGUUCGUUUUCCUACAAACCAGUCUUCGACCAAUCCGCACCGUCCAAUGGAUCAUCUGGCCUUCCCUCAGCACUCGACGCGUUCUCCGAAAUUUCAGGACCACCGCAGUUUCUUAAUAAUUGCGUGGAAGAGCAGGCUAGUGUAAGAGACGUUGAGCAACAGCUGGGGAGGCAUGGUCGACGGAGGAAUCGAAAGGAGAAGAAAGACUUACCUACUGGGGUUGUAGUGGAGGCCAAAGCUCAACUAGUUGGGAUCCAUGAACGGGUAAGAAGUGACAUGGAGGCUAACCAACCUCCAACAUCAUCAGUUCCAAGCACAACACAAGAAGGAGCAAAGCGUGCGCCAACUGCGACUAAUCCCAAUGCAGAAGAUGCUGCAGAACUUCUGAGGAUGUGCCUGCAAUGUGGAAUACCUAAGACCUACUCCAGUGCACGUGGAAUGGUCUGUCCAGUUUGUGGUGAUCGGCCACCCAGUGAUACAAGCAAAGAGCAGAAGAAGAAGGGGUCUACCGUCAAAGACAAGGAAAAGAGCAAGAGGAUGAAAGGCCAGUCAUCUCAUGCUACUUGGAAAAGUGAAACUGAGAUGCAACUCAGACAGCAGUUCGAUUAGUAGGACUAAGUGCUCUCCUUCCCCCUCGCCGGGGAUACUGUUGUGUUAUGUUUAGAAUCGCAUCAAGUGAAAUUAAACGUAGUGACCACAUUAUCAAGUAGAGCCAAGUACAUCAGGAAAUGUGCAUUUGUGUGAUAUGUCCAACAAUUUUUGUGCUGUAGCUUAUUUCCUCCGUGUUGUGUUCUCAAAAUUGUCUUAAGGUUGGCUAAGCUAACAUUGGUUUACUUUCUUUUUUAUGCCUGCCGAAGCCUAACUGAGCAUCAAAAUUGCCUUGAUGCGCUGGUUCAGGGUGGCUGACGUCUCUUCGACAUCCAUCCAGGUGUCGCUCUGGUUGCUAACUUCUACUUAGGCAACCUUUACAUUUAGGAUUUUAUUUAAACAUACAUGGGAAAUUGUUAAAAUAGUACGAGGCACUUUCAAAGUUUGUUAAUUUUUUUGUGUUCCUUUUUC